CACGGUUUAUUCAGCCAAGUGCUUAUAAGAGCGCCUUCGAGGCUGAGUAUUUUCCCCCAACGCCAAUUCUAUAAAACAUUUAUACUGCAGCGAGCCACAAAUGCAACCAAGGUCCAAGACUACUUGCAGGGAAUGCCCACAAUACCACUCAGAUGGGUGCCUGAUGUGCCGUCGACCUCAUUCAAGCUGUUCUGAACGUGCCCAGGGAAGUGAAUUUUCGGGGGAACAACUUCGGAGGCCGCAUCCUGAAGCUCCCGACUGUGUUACCAAUAAUUCCGUUCUAGGACAUGUUUCGUGUAAAAAUGUCGCCCAUGCACAUGACCACUUGACUGCCGAUGCAUGUUUACCAUACCAAGGAAACAACCUGGAGCCUCCGAACAGUAUGGAUACCACAAUUUCUGCAGAAGGGGACGCAAAGACCUCCCCAGAGAAUGACAAUUUCCCGGUGUCAUACGCCGGGAUCGAAUUAAUCGUUGAUCACACGACUCGUGACGUCUCCGACCAUGAUCCAGUAAUCCGUAAACAAAAUUUCCCUUGCGCAUUGAAAUCUCCCAAUCGCACCCUCGCCAUUCAUCUUCUGCAGGACCCUCUGACCAUGCAGUACCUUCAAGCUUUCGCAGCCCGUUAUCCGACUCUUCGUAGGAUCGUGAUACGGACGGACAGCCUAUCUAUUCCUGGCAACCAAGUUCCUGGCAAUCAAGUCUCGCUGUUCUGCGGCCACCAACAGACAGACCCUGUCAUCCAAUUGGGCGAUCAUCAGGGCAGACGCAACUUCGGGUGUUCCGAUUCUGCGGAUCUUGUCUCGAGUCACCUCUAGAUGGCUAUCUAUUCAUUCCACGUUAGAAUUU